UCUUCACGUGUUAUAUGUUCCAAAAUGGCGGCACGUUGUUGAUAAGUCGAGUUGUGUUUUGAAUUUACGUGAAUCCCUCAAAAUGAAUGGACCAAAGGCAAGCGAGGGCACUCCACUUUUAGGAAACACCACAGACUUUAAUAUCAAACCAAAGAGCUUAUGUAACAGGCUUUUCUGUUGUCGCAAUGUUUUGGUUUUGAUGCAGUUCGCCGGUUUUGUGACUGUGUACGGGAUGCGGGCGAAUUUGAGCGUUGCGCUAGUGGCAAUGGUGAAUCAGACAUACGCGAAUAGUGCAUCUGGGACGAGGGUUUACGUGCCUGAGUGCCGUUUGGAUGGCGGAAAUCACACUGUUGAUCAUACUUUAGAGGAUGGGCCAUUCAAAUGGGACCAAGACACUCAAGGUUUGGUCCUUGGUGCGUUUUUCUAUGGAUAUCUUGUUACCCAACUUCCUGGAGGCUGGCUUGCUGGUCGCUAUGGAGGAAAAAGUGUGUUUGGUCUAGGAGUGUUUUUUACAGCAAUAUUUACACUACUUACUCCUAUUGCUGCUCGGACUCAUGUUGCAUUACUGGUAGCUGUGCGGUUAAUGGCAGGAUUUGGGGAGGGUGUGACAUACCCUGCGGCCACAGUGUUGUGGAGCCGCUGGACGUCUCCUGCUGAGCGAAGUGCAUACCUCGUGUUUUCUUUUACUGGUGGUGAUUUUGGAGCCAUCACCUCGAUGCCUGCCAGUGGAUAUCUCAGCUCUCUUAAGCAUGUCGAUGAGGGGUGGCCUCUAGCUUUCUAUGUCUUUGGUGCUCUGGGUAUGCUGUGGUUUCUUGUGUGGGUCUGUAUAAUCCACGAGAGUCCUGCAGAACACCCCCGCAUUGCAUCAUGGGAGAGGGACUACAUCGAAGAAGGGAUUGGGGAUUCUCAAGACAAAGUCGUCAAGAAGGUACCUGUUCCCUGGCUGAAGAUCCUGACGUCCGUACCACUUUGGGCGGUGACGGUAGAGGGAUGUGCCUACAGCUGGGGCUGGUACAUGUUUCUCACUGGACUUCCGUCCUUCUUCAAAGAGGUCUUGGACUUUGAUAUCAAGAAGAACGGUGCGCUGACUGCCCUGCCCUUCAUCGCGACGUUGAUAGUGAAGAACACAAGUGGCUAUGUGUCAGAUCGCCUGCAGAAGCAUCCAAGUAUUAGCCGAAGCGUUGUCAGGAAAGGAAUGACAUUCUUGUCAUUCCUCUUCGCCGCGACGCUUCUCGUCCCAGUAGGAUUCCUAAAUUGUAGCCAGCAGAACAUUUCCGUGCUUCUUCUUACGCUCUCGUGUGGCUCCCUGGGUCUCUACGCUCCAACCGGUAGCGCUAACUCGGUAGACCUAUCACCUCGAUUCGCUGGCGUGACCAUGGCUAUCUAUAACUGCUUCAGCAACAUAACUGGUAUUCUUGUGCCAACUGUCAUCGGGCUUAUGACAAAUAAUGAGCCUACCCGUGGUCAGUGGCAAAAACUCUUCUACAUCACGUGCGGUAUCUACGUCGUCAACACUAUUAUAUUUCUUAUUUUCGGAAGUGCCGAGGAACAGCCCUGGAACACCCCUUAUGAACUCAAGCGUGACAUCACAUCUGACGUCAUAGAGGGACAAAGUGACUUCAGCAUUAAUGAUGGCGCUGGGCCAAAAGAGCUUCGCCAUCCCCUAGGCCUUAUUGACAAUGAUCGUGCCGUUGCUGGAAGUAGUAUAGCAUGAGUAAUUAAUUUAUAAUUUGGUGAUGGCGCUGAUGUUAUAGUAGGGAAGUUAAGCAAGGACGAUGGCAACGCGAUCUAGACGUGAAAUGCACUCUGUUCUAGGUUUGUCUUAACUUUUGGGGGAUAACAAAAACGGGUUAAUUUUAACGAAACUAGUUUAGAAUUGAGCUCCUAAGCAUAAAAGCCAUCGUCGUAGCUUAAGCCCUGUGCAAACUGCGCCAGCACCCGCCAGCAAUGCUGGGCCAGAUUAAGGCCGGUGUGCAAACUGCCCAAACACAUGGUCAUAAGUUCACACGUGACUGGUGUUUGAUGCAUGACGAGACCAAAGGCAACCCAAGACCUCACCAUUUUACUUGUGUUUUGCAAAGACAAUCCAUGAUUCCGCUGGAUUCCGGUUGAAUUUAGGUCCAUUUCGUCCCCUGAUAUUGUAUUAAGUGACUAGAGGACGAAAAAAACACUGAAUUUUAUCUGAAAAUUAGAAAGUGGCACGUGGGAUUGUGCUCUGCAUUUUGCAUCUCAUUCAUUUAUCGGUUUUUAAAUUUUAAAAUUUGCGAUGUUUUCUUUA